UGUCGUUUCUCGGUGCAGUUUCGAAGGAGAAAUUAUUUGUUAACGUGAUAUAGUAUAUGUAACUUUUUGGCGCAAUCUAAAAUCUUAAAAUCGACAGAACGAACGUAGACGGAGCGGUAAGCCGGCAAAAACGCAUCAAAAUGCGCUCUGCUGUCGCCAUAUUGCUUACAUUUGGGGCACUCUUUAGCUACAGUGUUGGCGUCGACCCAAAUAAUUUCAAAACCUGCGAGCAGAGCAGCUUCUGCAAGCGGUCGCGUAAGGUGCAGAGCUCCGGCAGCAAAUAUGCACUCGUUGAAGGCUCAUUGAACACAUAUUCGGAUUCGCUGACAGCGGAGUUGGUCAACAAAGAGAAUAAUCAUAAAUUUUCGCUUAAAUUGGAGGCUCUGGUCGGUAGCUCAUUCCGGUUGCAAAUUGAUGAGAAGGAACCACUACGUCCACGUUAUCGUGUGGAGCAUGCGCUCAAAGGACAGCCGGAAUUGGGUCGCAUACGCGAACGCAGCGAGAUGAAUGGAGAAUUGACUGUCAUUGCUGGUAAUACAAAGGCUGUGCUAUUUGCGGAUCCGUUUCGAAUUGAUUUCUACGAGGGUGAUGUGCUUGCCGUUUCUGUGAAUGCGAAGAACUGGAUGUACUUUGAGCACUUACGCCAGAAGACGUCUGCGCCUGCAGAGGCGCCGGAGGGUGGAGAGCAACCCGCUGCAGAGGCGCAGCAGGAUGAUGAGCCAGGCACCUGGGAGGAAAAUUUCAAAUCGCAUCACGAUGCCAAGCCAAAUGGCCCGGAAGCUGUGGCUCUGGACUUCUCAUUUCCUGCUGCCGAGGUUCUUUUCGGUAUACCCGAGCAUGCCGAUAGUUUUAUACUAAAGUCAACAUCCGGCACCGAUCCCUAUCGCCUGUACAAUUUGGACGUGUUUGAGUAUGUAGUGGACAGCAAAAUGGCACUAUACGGCUCAGUUCCGGUACUUUAUGGACACGGUCCUCAGCGUACAGCAGGUGUCUACUGGCAGAAUGCAGCCGAGACCUGGGUGGAUAUCAGCUCUUCGGAAACGAAUGUGGUUUCCUCGUUGGUGAAUUUUGUUUCCGGUUCACGAAAGUCAACGCCACCUGCGGCCCACUUCAUGUCCGAGUCGGGAAUAAUUGAUGCCUUUAUUUUGCUCGGCCCGAAGCCAAUGGAUGCUUUUAAGCAGUACUCUGCACUGACAGGUACUCAUGAGCUUCCGCAGCUUUUCGCUCUCGCCUACCAUCAGUGUCGAUGGAACUACAACGACGAAAAGGACGUGACCUCGGUGUCUGCAAAAUUCGAUGAGUACAACAUGCCCAUGGACACUAUGUGGCUAGACAUUGAGUACACGGACAAUAAAAAAUACUUCACAUGGGACAGUUUCAAGUUUCCCGAGCCGCUGACCAUGAUAAAGAAUCUCACUGAGCUGGGCCGUCACCUAGUCAUUAUAAUUGAUCCGCAUAUUAAGCGCGACAGUGGCUACUUCUUCCACAAUGAUUGUACAGAACGAGGCUACUAUGUGAAAACGCGUGAUGGAAAUGAUUACGAAGGCUGGUGCUGGCCAGGCGCUGCCAGGUAUCCUGAUUUCUUCAAUCCCGUUGUGCGCGACUAUUAUGGAAGCCAGUACCUGCUGAGCAACUUCAAAACAGUAACCUCCGACGUUAUGAUUUGGAAUGACAUGAACGAGCCUUCAGUGUUCAAUGGACCCGAGGUGACAGCGCCCAAGGAUCUGGUGCACUUCGGGAACUGGGAACAUCGCGAUGUGCACAAUCUGUACGCUCAUAUGCAUCUCAUGGGCACCUUUGAUGGUCUUUUAAAGCGUGAUCCCAACCAGCGUCCAUUCAUUCUAACUCGAGGGCACUUUGCGGGCUCACAGCGUUUUGCAGCCAUCUGGACUGGGGAUAACAUGGCUGACUGGACUCAUAUGCAGCACUCCAUCAAGAUGUGCCUCAGUGAGGCUGUAGCCGGUUUCUCCUUCUGUGGAGCUGAUAUCGGCGGCUUCUUUGGCAAUCCAGAUAGCGAGUUGAUCGAGCGUUGGUACCAGACCGGCGCUUUCCUGCCCUUCUUCCGUGCGCACGCUCACAUUGACACCAAGCGACGGGAGCCCUGGCUCUUUCCCGAACGCACGCGCCUAAUCAUUAAGAACGCGCUGGUUAAACGCUACAGCUAUCUGCCGCUUUGGUACACCGCUUUUUACGAACUAGAGCGGGAGGGAGCUCCAGUCAUUCGUCCACUGCUGGCACAUUAUCCACAGGACAAGGACGCCUAUAGUAUUGACAACUCCCUGCUUGUGCAGGAUCGCCUUCUGGUACGGCCUGUCAUGCAACAGGGCGUAAACAAGGUAGAUGUUUAUUUCCCGGUUAAGGAUGAUAAAAAGACCGGCGACUACUGGUAUGAUGUGGACACUUAUCAGCGUCAUGAUCGAGUCGGUCACGAAAGCGUGCCAGUUGAUGAGUAUAAGAUUCCUGUGUUUCAGCGUGGGGGCAGCAUCGUACCCAAAAAGGAGCGCCUUCGCCGCGCUGCCACGCUAAUGCUGCAUGACCCUUACACGCUUAUCGUGUGUCUGGAUCGUGAGGGCAAGGCUUCCGGCACGCUUUUCGUGGAUGAUGAGAAGAGCUAUGCCUAUCGUAGCGGCUCCUUUAUUUAUGUAAAGUACGACUUUGCGAACAAUCAGCUCACCAACAGCUUCAUUGGAAAGCCAAAUUAUAAGAGUGAGGCCUGGAUUGAACGCAUCGUGAUUGCGGGCCUGGGACGUCUGCCUAGCGGGGCUACAAUCACAGUCAAUGGCGUCACACAGCAGUUGGAGGUGUCGCAACGGGAUCAAGCAGUGGUUGUUCGCAAACCUGGCGUCAAAAUGGAUGUGGACUUCGCCCUCAAACUCAACUACUAGAUGAGGGUCCAACUGCGCGGUAUUAUUGAAAUUGAAAUUGCUAUAAACCUAAAUUAGCACCUAGGAUUAGCCGAGUGACGGCAAAGAAUUCCAUUAGAGCAACUCCUUUUUUCGCUAUUCGAUUUUGUUUUUAAACAUACUUAUGUACAUUCAUAGCUCAUAGUUAAUAGUAACAGUUUUAUUUUAUCAGGACGCUGUAUUUUUGCUUCAUGCAUUUUUCAUAUCCUUCCUUUUUUGUUUCAUUUUAAUUACUUAUUAAUGUUACUCUAAUGAAAUGUGCGAGUGCAACUCAAGACAAAGUAAAAGCGAAUAAAUGAAAUUUAUAUUGAUAUUUAA